AUUUAUAUGUCGCGUCAAACUUCCAUUUCUAUCGUUUUAUCCUUUAUAUGGCAGUAUUAUUUUAGUCCGAUUAUUAGUUGAUUGUAAGGAUCACGUGGAACAUAUUGGAUGCGUCAAAGAACAUAUUGGAGAACGAAGUAAUGGACACUAUGAUGACUCAAAGUUCCUCAUUAUCAGAUCGUGUGCAACAGUUAACAGAACUGGCUCUUACAAGACCUGUAAUUAAAUUCAAUGGUGCAAAAUUUAAAGAAUAUAUUAAGACUACUCCAAGAAAUUAUUCUGUUGUCGUAAUGUUUACUGCUAUGGCACCCCAAAGACAGUGUCAAAUUUGCAGGCAUGCAAAUGAUGAAUUUGUGAUAGUAGCAAACUCAUUCAGAUAUUUACAAUCUCAUUCAAAGAAAUUAUUCUUUGCAUCUGUAGAUUUUGAUGAAGGAUCAGAUGUAUUUCAAAUAAUGCGAUUAAAUACUGCACCAGUAUACAUGCAUUUUCCACCGAAAGGCAAACCAAAGCCUGCAGAUACUAUGGAUAUUCAAAGAGUAGGAUUUGCAGCAGAAGCAAUUGCAAAGUGGAUCUCUGAACGUACUGAUAUUCAGAUCAGAGUAUUCAGACCACCAAACUAUUCUGGUACAAUUGUAAUAAUAAUGUUACUAGUACUCAUUGGAGGAUUUUUAUAUCUGAGACGUAAUAAUUUGGAUUUCAUUUAUAAUAAAACAAUUUGGGGACUUAGUGCAUUGUUCUUCACGCUUACAAUGAUAUCUGGACAAAUGUGGAACCAUAUCAGAGGUCCACCAUAUACACAUAGUACAUCUAGCGGAAAUGUAGUUUAUAUACAUACUUCAUCUCAAGGCCAAUUUAUUUUAGAAACAUAUAUUGUUAUGGUUUUAAAUGGAGCAGUGGUAUUAGGUAUGAUUUUAAUGACCGAAGCCGCGUCACGAAAGGGUGAUGUGAAGAAGCGACGAAUAUUUGCAGCAAUAGGUGCUGGAUUGGUUGCUAUUUUCUUUAGCUUGCUAUUGUCAAUAUUUAGGAACAAAGCACAGGGUUAUCCAUAUAGCUUACUAUUCAAGUAAAAGGAUUAAUAUAGGACAUCAUUAUUUGUAUAUAUUACAAAGAAAACUUUCAACAUACCUG